GUUCUAUUUUUACUUUUCUCUUUUGGGGCAGCCCCCCUCCCCCUUCCUUCUAAAUUGUUUUCUCAGCUCAGUUGAGUCUCAAACCCUAUCUCCUGCUUGUCUUGAACAGCUGGAAUGUCUCCGGACUGCAUGAACAGGCAAGGAGCAUGACUUGGUGGGACCCUGGAAGGGUCUCAUCCUCCAGGAGGAACAACCCAUCUGUCUCACCUGCAAUGCUGGGAGCCAGGGACAUUUAACACCCCCUCAGAUGGCUGCCUGCAGCCUGCCUCUGGGACUGUGCCUUCUGCUGCUUCUCCAGGACGUGCAGACAACCCCACAGACAUCAUUAACCCCACCUCAUUCCUGUGGUAAAGUAGAGAAUUGGUUCUAUGAUGAAACUUCACAAAACUGCUGUUACCAGUGUCCCUCAGGCUAUGUUAAAAAGAAAGCAUGUCCUCAGGAUCCAGCUGAAGACUGCAUGACGUGUGGACCUGAUCAAUAUUUGAACAAUAAAUUCCCAAAGCCACAAUGUGAUGCCUGUGUGUCAUGCUCAAAAGAGCUGGACCUCGUGGAGAAGCAGCCCUGCUCCCUCAAUUCCAGCCGUGUGUGCGAGUGCCGCCCCGGGCUCUUCUGCCAGCUCUCUGUCCAGAACACCUGCACACGCUGCCAGCACCACUCUGCCUGCAAGCCUGGCUUUGGAGUCAAAACCAGGGGCACCUCAACAAAUGAUGUCACUUGUGAAGAGUGCCCUCCUGGGACCUUCUCUGAUCAAAGCUCCAGCACAGACAUCUGCAAACCCCACACCAACUGUGCCAAGUUGAACAAAGUAGUGCUAAGCAAAGGAAAUGCCACACACGAUCAAGUUUGCCUGGAGCAGUUGUCCACUCACCUCACCCCAAGCACUUUUUCCAUGAGAUUCAGCAAUGAAACAAAUAACUCUGACCUGAGGAUGUUUAAGGAGAACCUGGUGACCUCUGCUGGUGGUGACCUUCUAAGUGUCACAACAACUGAAAAUCCCAGUUCAGCUCCUGAGGAAAAACCAGAUCCUGGCACUUCUACCUCAGCUAAGGGUGUAAUGCUCUGGGCAGUGGUUCUGUCUGUGGCUGUGCUGCUGGGGGCCACGCUGAUGUUUUGGAAAUGGAAGGUUUGCAAGAAGCGGAUUCUUGUCCUCAGAAGAAAGCCACAUCUGCAUUCUGUCAUCGCACACAGAUACGUGCUCAAGUCCCAAGGUUCAGAUCUCAUGAACAAAUGUGCAAACAUCAUACUGACCACUGACACUGGGCUAGAGGAGGAGGAAUUAACUGAGAGAACCCUUCCUUUGGAAACCAACAAUAACUUGGUGUCCAGCACAGAAAAAGCACAGAGUCCUCACUGGAGUGUGGCUGAUGUGACACCAAGCAGUGGGAAUGCCCCAGACUGCCCCGUGGAUUCUCGAGUCAGAGACCACACAAAUAACAGAAUUGAAAAACUCUACAUCAUGAAGGCCGACACUGUUAUCGUGGGGUCUGUUUCAGAAGUGCCCAGUGGCAAGAACUGUGCUGUUAGAGGAUGUGAAAGUAACCUUGAUGCCCAGGAAAGCAUGGAAGAGGAACUGGAAAUGCACUACCCCGAGCAGGAAACAGAGUCUUUUCCAGGGAAUGAUGUCAUGGUUCCUGUGGAAGAGGAGGGAAAGGAAUUUCACCAUCCUACCACUGCCACUGAGAAGUGACACCCACAGAGAGAAUGUGGGGAGAAUCAUCCAGUGUGACACUAAGGCUGAAUUUAUGACAAGGCAGAUAAACACACCGUGCCUUAGAUUAUUGGGGAACUUCUGGAAAACACUGAAACACAUUCAAACAAGGAGAGCUAGAACCUAUUUCAUUUUCAUCUAAAUGAGAGGAUCAUCCAAACUGCUGGCCUUCAUAGCUGACAUCAAAUAUUUCUAUUUCCCUGUCUUCCAGUAUCAUACUGAAAACAAAUUUGAAUCAAAGCUGCAUAAUUUAGAGGACAUCUGGAUGUCAGCUGAAGUUUCACAGCUUGCUUUCUCAGUGUGAAGUAAUGGAUUGAAAUCUAUAUCUGAUUACUUCUAUUGGCUGUGAAAAUUCUGGCCAGGAUUCUGAGUCAAGCUUGAGCCAUGUUUCUUAUGUUGUUUCCAUUCCGAUACUUCCAAUUUUGUCAUAUAUUUUGCAACAUCUGGUAUUUUCUCAAGGCUUCAACUUUUGAUUGAAAAUGAUAAUAAUCUCAGUUUUCCUUAGCAUAAACAUAACUCUCAAGUUUGUGGACUUCAUAUUUCUUGAGGAAUUAGAAUCAAAAGGUGCCACACAGGCUCUGAAAAUAGAAGGCAAAUAAAACUAAUUGAAGUCCACUGUUUAGGCCAUUCUUUCUAGGUUUUGAACUCCAGUUUAUAUUUUUUUACUAUGUCAAAUCAUUAGUAAGUGUACAAAAUACCCUCUUCUGAUGGAAGCCAAACUGGCUGAACUUUUGGCUGUUGGAUGAACUAUGGGUUAAGCCCAAUGUAGAGCCUGUAAAAAGAGAAAUGAAGGAAAGAAACUCUUUUACUACUGAAAAAGAAGCACAGCAGUUAUUUCUUAUGAAUUAAUAUCUACUUGUAUUAGAAUUGUUCAUAAUCAUCAGAGUGACACUGAUUUGCAUAUCCUUUAAAAAACAAAGCUGUUUGGUGGCCAACUGGCAUGUGUUAUGCUAUUUUUAAACCUUUUGUGCUGCUUGUUUAGUAACUGUAAAUGUAAUAGUGCUGACUAUACUUUUGCACAGGACAAUGGAAAAUGAGCAAUAUGAAAAAUUGCGUCUUAACAAUAAAAACCAAGGAACCACAAAA